CUGCCAUCCGGAGCAGACCUCCUAUCGUGCGCUCCAAGGCGCUUAUCUUCCAUCCGGGCGUGGAAGUACGCGGCAACCACGCUACUCUCUGGGUGCCCUCGAGGAACCAGUGGCAUGGGUGAUGGUUCCAAGAUGACAUUGUGGUGGCUGCUGGUGGUGUUGGUGGUAGCGUCAGUGUCUGCUGAUCCUUACUACAGAGCUAGCACGCCCAGAACAAGACGCUACCCGAGGUUAAGAGAUGACGGAGCACCUUUACAAUUUGUUGGCCCCCACGUGUGCCGCUCCCGCAAUAGCACGCAUUGCUGUCCCGGCUGGACCUCCAGACCAAACUCCCUACUUUGCGUUGUUCCCUUAUGCCGGCCGGACUGCGGGUCUCCAGGCGCCUGUGUGUCUCCAAACAUGUGCCGCUGUCCAGGCGGCGUGGAAGCUCCCAGUUGCAGACCGAAUGCAUACCCUUAUAUGCCGGCGCGCAUGCGUGGUGGUUGUCAACGAAUCUGCAUGAAUGGUGGAACCUGCACUAACGGAACUUGCGCCUGCGCGCCUGGAUGGAGCGGCGAAUUCUGUACUGACCCAAUAUGCCGAGAGCCAUGUCUGCAUGGCGGUCGAUGCGUUGCCCCGGAUCGUUGCGUCUGCUUCCACGGCCUUUCUGGAGUCCGCUGCGAAAUCGAUCGAAGAACUGGACCUUGUUAUACCGACACCAGGGGAGCCCUUUGCACCGGCGCCUUGGAGGGAGUGACGUGUACGAAAGGGCUCUGCUGCGCGACUGUGGGCGUGGCCUGGGGCCAUCCCUGCGAGAAAUGCGGAGAUCUGGAUUGUCCGCAGGGUUACAUUCGGAAUCUGGCUAAUAAACAAUGUCAGGACAUAGACGAAUGCGCCGCCGUGCCGCAUCUGUGUACUGGUGGCCGUUGUAUCAAUUCUAUUGGUUCCUUCUCCUGCGAGUGUCCACCGGGACAAAGACGACAUAUGAUUUCUAAUAACUGCGAAGACAUAGACGAGUGCGAGGAUCCCGAUAUUUGUCCGAAUGGAAAAUGUGUAAAUACCGAGGGCGAUUACUUCUGUCUCUGUAAUCCUCACUUCAUUCCGAGUCCAGACAAGAAAUUCUGUAUCGAUGGUCGAGUUCGAACCUGCUACUCCUACCUGAGCGAUACGGGAGAAUGUGCGGAUGCGCUGUCAAUGCCACUCUCUAACCGCGACUGCUGUUGUGGGUACAAUAUGGGCCGCGCGUGGGGUGACAUGUGUACUCCGUGCCCUCCCAGAGGAUCUACUGAAUGGACCCAUCUCUGCGGUGGAGGCAUCAUCCCUCCGAUCUGGAAACGCAAUCAGACUACCGGAGGUUUGGAUUACGAGGAUCCCACUGGAGGAGAGCAGCCCCCACCGAAACUUGCCAAAGUGAACGAGUGCACGCUUCGAAGUGGCAUCUGCAACCUUGGUGAUUGCGUCGAUAAAGAUAUUGGAUACGAGUGCAAUUGCUGGCCCGGUGCUGAGAAGACUGAGAACGACGGCAACCCGAGUUGUAUCGACAUUGACGAGUGCGCCCUUGAGUACUGCAAGGGUGGCCAUUGUGUCAAUACUCCUGGUUCCUUUGAAUGCAAAUGUCCACCUGGAUUUGACCCUGUCGAAGGCGGUCAACGUUGCAGCGACCAGAACGAAUGCGAGAUGACUCAUGGUGGCAUGUGCACCAAUGGAGAAUGCAAAAACUAUGGCAAUAGAUACGAAUGCAUCUGCAAUCCCGGUUACGAAUCCACCCGCACCGGUAACGCAUGUCAGGACAUGGACGAAUGUCGCGACAAUCCUAACGUGUGCCGCCACGGCCACUGCAGGAACACCCCCGGGUCUUACGAGUGUCAGUGCGAUGUCGGCUUCGAGACCACUGCCGGGGGGUACUGUGUGGAUAUCGACGAGUGUUCAGACAGGAGCUUGUGUCAGGGAGGUCGUUGCGCAAACACCGAAGGCUCUUUCCAAUGCGUGUGCGAGGCUGGCUACCGUCCGACUCCCGACCGCGGCGCCUGCGUCGAUGUAGAUGAAUGCUCCGAACAACAAGUCUGUAGAAAUGGCCGCUGCCACAACACUCCUGGGUCUUUCCGUUGUGAAUGCACCUCAGGCUUUACGCUUAGCAAUGACGGCAGAACUUGUGUUGAUGAGAUACAAGACUUGUGUUACGAAAAAUAUGAAGACGGCCAUUGCACUGCACCUGGCUCCACACCAGUCACACGAUCUCAGUGUUGUUGUAGUUCUAAUAAAGGUCUUCAACUUGGUUGGGGAGUGUCAUGCAAAAAGUGUCCUAAACAAGGUUCCAAAGAGUAUGAAAUUCUAUGUCCAUCUGGUCCCAGCAAAGACAACGGUGGAGCUGACAUCAACGAAUGUACCAUGAUCCCUGGUAUUUGUCAGCAUGGAACGUGCGAAAAUCUUGAGCCCGGAUAUAAGUGUAUCUGCGACCCGGGUUACCAUUCUGACGAGGACAAUAUCUGUAGGGACAUCGACGAGUGCGACAUGCAUCAGUCGUACUGCACAGGUGGUCAAUGCCGCAAUACAAUGGGCAGCUUCACGUGUGUUUGCCCCCCUGGCACCAGGUUCGAGCCCGACGAACAGAUCUGCCGAGACAUUGACGAAUGCGAGGAGAUGACCAACCCUUGCGACAACGGACGCUGUAUCAACACUCACGGGAGUUACGAGUGUGAGUGCGAACAUGGAUUUGUGUUGGAUGCCACUGCGCAACACUGUCUUGAUAAUCGUCGCGGUUCUUGCUGGCGUCGUGUGGUGGACGGCCAAUGCGAAGCAGCUUCUCCAUUGCCGCUGCUCCGACAGGAGUGCUGCUGUAGUGUCGGGCUAGCUUGGGGCUCCCCGUGCGAGACCUGUGAGCCUGAACACUGCCCGUGUGAGAAGGGAUUCGCUAAGUUUGACGGAACGACCUGUCGCGACGUGGACGAAUGUAAACUGGAUCCCGACCUUUGCGUCGGUGGGAAGUGCGUCAACACUGACGGCUCCUACCACUGCGAGUGUCCCCAUGGAUUGACGCUAGAUUCCUCUGGUAAUCGCUGUUUGGACACACGUGUGGAGUAUUGCUACACCGACUACGUUGGUGGACGAUGUGUGAAUCCUCUGAGAGAGGUCCACAAGACUGUCUGCUGCUGUUCCGCGCUAGGCAAAGCCUGGGGAGACAGCCGAUGCGAACCCUGCCCUAAAAAAGGAACGGAUUCUUAUCGCAAUCUUUGUAUGAACACCGAGACAGUACUUGGGCCGUCAGGGCCAGGCGAGAGUCGACCUUAUGGCAAAGAUGAUAACAUGACAGAUCUCUUCAAAAAUAUAGAAUUCCCACCUUAUUUCGACGGCGACUCUAACAGACCCGGAGGGGGAAAUAUGAAUGACAGCAUCUGGAAUUCGGUGGACGGUAAUUUCAUCCCGGGCCAUGUGGAGGUGAACGAAUGCUCAGCCUUCCCUGGUCUCUGUGGACACGGGCGGUGCAGAAAUCUGAUGGGGUCGUUCACUUGUGACUGCUAUAGAGGAUAUGAAAAGGGUUCCAAGAAUCACACAUGCGUUGACGUCAAUGAGUGCGAGAUCGUAAACGACGUAUGCGGCGCCGGAGAAUGUCGCAACACUGAAGGAAGUUUCACAUGCCACUGCCACCCUGGACACAAGUCCAGUGAACUAUCUAAAGUCUGCGUUGACAUCGACGAAUGCGAAGAAACCCCCAGCCUUUGUCGAGGUGGUCGUUGUAUAAACACUCCCGGAUCGUUCCGUUGUGAGUGCGGCACUGGCAUGGAGCUGGCGCCCGAUCGUCUCUCGUGCAAGGAUAUUGAUGAAUGCUCCAUUACCAGUGGCAUAUGCAGCAAUGGUGCGUGUGAAAACCAGAUGGGAACAUACCAGUGCGUAUGCGACGAAGGUUAUGCCCAGUCCACGGUGAAGUCGCACUGUGAAGACAUCGACGAGUGUUCCGAAGACCCCACCAGAUGUCAGCAUGAGUGUAUUAACACACCCGGAUCUUAUCACUGUACCUGUAGGGACGGCUGGCACCUCCGCGCAGACGGUCGCACAUGCCGCGACAUCGACGAAUGCGCAAGCGGCGCGCGAGUGUGUGGCGGGGGACAGUGCAGGAACACGCCCGGCUCGUACCGGUGUACUUGCGGAGACGGACUAUUACCGUCCCCGGAUGGAGACAAACCCACCUGCCAGGAUGUUGAUGAGUGUGCUGAUAUACCAGAUCUCUGCGGCGCGGGAGACUGCCACAAUAUGAUCGGCAGCUUCGUGUGUGUUUGUCCGGACGGCUAUAGCGUCAAACCGGACAUGGGGCCAGCUUGUACCGAUGAUGACGAAUGCGAACUUGGGACCUGCGACUGCCAUCCUAAGGCUGACUGCAUCAACUUGCCCGGUUCCUUCCAAUGUCGCUGUAAAGAUGGAUGGCGUGGUGAUGGUACGGAGUGUGAAGACUUGGACGAGUGUUUGACGAAUAACGGCGGCUGCCAUCCCAGAGCCACCUGCAUUAACACUGACGGCUCCUUCAAGUGUGCCUGUGACGUUGGAUACAAGGGAGAUGGAUAUUCCUGUGUGGACAUCGACGAGUGCUCUAACGACCCCACCCUUUGCGAGAACGGCCACUGCAUCAACACGGCCGGCGGCUACGAGUGUGACUGCGACGUCGGAUUCACCAAGUCUCCUGAUGGACGCUCAUGUCUCGAUAUGGACGAGUGUACGACCUUCCACAAUGUCUGCGUGUUUGGCCAGUGUAUUAAUACAUAUGGCAUGUUCAAGUGUCUAUGCGAUAAAGGAUACCAGUCAGACAGUGUCGACGAUUUGAUGCCCGGCUUCAAUUGUACGGACGUGGACGAGUGCAAGUCCCCUCAGUCUUGCCAGUACGGAGAGUGCAUUAAUACUGAUGGAUCCUACAUCUGCCGGUGUCCACCGAACUACGAUCUGGUCUCCGAUGGCACUGCUUGCUACGACUCAAGAAAAGCGCAGUGUUACGGCCGAGUGGAUCUGCGUUCUGGCACUGAGCGUUGUAGGGACGGUGACGAGCUGUCUGAAGAUGGAACUAUGGCGGCUUGUUGUUGUUCUGUUGGUGCCGCUUGGGGGAAUUACUGCGACCUUUGCCCAGAGCCAGGGUCGGAAGCGUACAGGCAGCUGUGUCCUGGAGGACCUGGUUAUCAGCCUGUUCUGGAGCCACCAUCAUAUGUAGUGACCCUAGCAGACAUCGACGAGUGCGCCCAACACCCAGCUCUCUGUGAACACGGAACUUGCACCAAUACUUUUGGUUCUUUCGUCUGUACUUGCGGGGAUGGAUGGCAACUCACCGAAGACGAGCAGAGAUGUGUCGACAUUGAUGAAUGCGCCACUCCGAAUAUAUGCGGCCCUGGUAUCUGCAGGAACAUGGCUGGGUCCUAUGUCUGUCUCUGCCCGGAAGGAUACGUCGCUAUGCCUAACAAUAAGGAAUGCGUGGACGUCCGCCAACGUCAAUGUUACUUGAACUGGGACGAAGACAAUGGACGCUGCACCUCUCCGGUGGGAGUCCCUCAAACUAAACUUCUCUGUUGUUGUUCCGUUGGAAGAGCCUGGGGAGCCCCAUGCGAGGCUUGCCCGGACACCUCCUCUCCGGAACAUAUGCAGUUAUGUGGCACCAAACCAGGGCUGUAUUAUAAUCCUGUCACGAAUGAGACGAAGCCGAUUAAUGAGUGCGACAUCAUGCCGCAACUGUGUAAACCUGGAAGAUGCCAUGACACGAUGAGCGGAUUUGAAUGCGGUUGUGACAGAGGCUACACUCACGACAACUCGUCCCACCUAUGUCGCGACGUGGACGAGUGCGCCACGGGUGCCGCCCGGUGUCGCGGACUCGCUCAAUGCGUCAACGUGCCCGGCGCGUACGAGUGCCGCUGCCCGCCCGGGUACCGCCUCACGGGCUCGCUCGACGAGUGCGAGGACAUCAACGAGUGCGAGGACUCUAAGCUGUGCGAACACGGCGAGUGUCGGAACACUAUCGGCUCUUACAAAUGCGAAUGCAAACCCGGCUAUACACUCCGCGACAAUGCGUGCCGCGAUGUCGACGAGUGUGCGCGCCCGCGCCCAAUGUGUCGUAACGGAACUUGUGAGAACCUCCCGGGGACGUACCGGUGUCACUGCGAUGAAGGGUUCAAGCCUGGUGCUAAUAACGAUUGUAUUGACAUAAACGAGUGUCGCGAAGGCGGCAUGGUUUGCCGCAACGGUCGCUGCCGCAACACGAUUGGCUCGUUCCGUUGCGAGUGCGCACCCGGCUACGUGCUCACCGGCGACGCCCGCCAUUGCCGGGAUAUAGACGAGUGUAAUGAAGAAUCCCACCCUUGUGGCAGAGAAGGAGCACCGUCGUGUACUAAUACUAUUGGAUCCUAUGACUGUUCCUGUGGCAAAGGCUGGCGACUGGUCAAUAAGCACUGCGUCGAUCGUGACGAAUGCAAAGAGCUACCUUAUGUCUGCGCUGGUGGAGAAUGUCGAAACUUCAAUGGGGGCUACGUGUGUGACUGCCCCUCUGGUUGGCGAUUCGACAAGAACCUCGCCGUGUGUGUGGACGAGCGUAAAGAGCUCUGUUACGACGAAUGGGAAGCAGGUCGCUGUCAUAAGGCUCGUCCGCUGGACCUGGGCAGACCGGAAUGCUGUUGUUCUGAAGGUGCUGCUUGGGGCAGAUAUUGUGAGCGCUGCCCGUCCCCCGACUCCGCAGAGUUCCUCCGCAUCUGUCAAGGUGGAAUGGGAAGACCAAACCUUACUCAAGAUCUGGACGAAUGUGCAGUUCGCCCUGACGUCUGCAAAGGCGGUCGUUGUAUCAACACUGAUGGUUCCUUCCGAUGCGAAUGUCCCGAUGGUUAUGUCCUGGAUGAAUCUGGAUUGGAGUGUAUAGACGCUGAUGAAUGCACAACUGAUCCGAGGAUAUGUGGCAAUGGGACAUGCUCUAAUACGCCUGGAGGAUAUGACUGUACUUGCAACUUUGGAUUCACUGAAGGACCUGAUCACACCUGUGUGGACAUAGAUGAGUGCGCAGAAGGUGCGCUCUGUUCAUUCCGUUGUCACAACACACCCGGCUCAUUCCGUUGUACCUGCCCUUACGGCUACUCAGUGGCACCUGAUGGAAUUCAUUGCAGAGAUAUUGAUGAGUGCGCUUCAGAAGACAAUAGACCGUGUCAACAUGCUUGCGAGAAUGUUGUUGGGUCUUAUGUCUGCAAGUGUCCUGAAGGUUAUAAACGAACAUCAGCACCACACGACUCUCCCGAUGCUUGCGAAGACAUUGACGAAUGUGCAGAAGACAAACAUCUGUGUGAACCCGGGGUCUGCGUUAAUACUGACGGCGGGUAUGAAUGCGAUUGCGAUGAGGGAUAUGAGCGCAGCGAAGAUGGAAUGGAUUGUAUUGAUCGUCGUACGGGAAUGUGCCAUCGGAAUCUCGUGUCUGGUCGUUGUGUUCCCGAACCGUGGCCCAGGUCUCACCAUCAUUCGUCCACACCGGCCCUGCCCACUCAUGUCACUAAGGCUCAAUGUUGCUGCACAUUAGGUGUGGCGUGGGGACCUGAGUGCGAGAUCUGUCCCGCCCCGGGUACAACUGAACGUAUGGAGCUUUGCACCGAGAAGAAUCUAGAUAUGGACCACGGCGGUAUGGGCGGAGGAGGAAUCGGGGGAGGAGGUGGCGGAGGCGGUAUCAAUGGGGGCGGAACAGGAGGAGGAAUGGGCGUGUUCAACGACAUUGAUGAAUGCGCCGCCAUGCCUGAUCUAUGCGCGCCUGGACGAUGUGUUAACACUAUUGGCAGUUUCCGCUGCGUAUGCCCUGGAGGCUACAAACCCGCUGGCGACGUCUGCGCCGACGUCGACGAGUGCGCAGCGCGACCCCCACCAUGCGAACAUCUCUGCAAGAACACUGAUGGAUCGUACGAGUGCGUUUGUCGUACUGGCUAUGAGUUGGACGAAGACGGCGCCGACUGUAGAGACGUGGACGAGUGUGAACGGAAUACGCACACUUGUCAGCAAAUUUGUACGAAUACCAGAGGGUCUUAUGAGUGCUCGUGCGCAGACGGAUAUGUGAAGAAGGGCGACGCUUGUAUAGAUAUCGACGAAUGUCAAGAGGAAGGCAUAUGCCCAACUCCUGGCAAAUGUGUAAACCUCCUCGGUUCAUAUCGCUGUGUGUGCCCGAGAGGGUUCCGCUUGGACCUCACGGGAACCAGGUGCAUGGACCGGGAUGAGUGCGAGGAGGGCAGGUGUCAGUCACCUUGCAGGAACUACGCUGGGAAAUAUAGAUGCGAGUGUCCACAAGGUAUGGUCCGCUCAUCAAACGGCGUGUGCACCCCGCAAGACGCGUGCGCAGCCGGCCCUUGCGGCUCCUCCCCCUGCUUCCCGCUCGGCGGCGCGUACCGGUGUGGCUGCCCGGGAGGGUAUGGCUGGGACGCUGGACAUGGCGUGUGUUUGCAGCUGGGCGGCGGCUGCGCAUCGGCUAGUUGUCUCUUCGGCUGCACUCCCAUGGGAGACGGCUACCAAUGCGGUUGUCCCACGGGAUACGCGCUAGUCGGCGCCGGGCACUGUCUGAGCGCCCUGGACGGAGCUCUACCACCUGGGGACAUCGGAGACGCGCCCGUGUUCCCAGUGCGGGAUCAGUACAAGAUUGGAGGGGAUUCUGAUCUUAUUUCUACUGAGGGAUGCUUCAGUUGCAAGAUUAAUGGAAGAAGACGAAGAGCUCCUGAAGAAGGUAUUGUGUUCGCGAAUGGCACCACAAUUGUUAGGAGGCGAAGACGACGAAGCAGACGUCGUCGCUCACUCCUAGAGACCGAAGCUGAGCUGAUAGUAGUCACAGCGACUCCCAAACAGACCUGGGGCAAAGCACCCUUGCUGCGACUGGUGCCCGCUGAAGAAGGUCCCAGACCUCAUUACAGGAUAGCUUAUGGAGACGAUGACAAAGACUUCACCUUGUCCAAACGGGAUGGCACGUGGGCGCUGCGGUUACGAAGACAUCUUAAAUCUCAUGCGGUCCUUGAGAAGCAGUUGGAAUUAGAAGCCAGAUUUGUCCAGCCGCCGAGUGUGAGGCGACGCAGGAGGAAUGUCAACGAUAUCCCGGCGCCUCUCCGCCUUUACGUUUCAGUCAAGAUAGCGCCGAAGAAACGCUAGUGCUUGGUCAGAGUUGGGUAGGCUAUAGGGUUAACUGGGUAGGACAGAGAAUAGAAAUAGACGAAGGAAACAAUGCAAAUUAAAACCGAAGCUAAUGUUGUGCAAAAUUAAUUAAAUGCAAAGAUAUGUUACAGAUUCGUGAUGUUACUGUAUAAAAUAUAUUGUAUAAAAAAAAUCGUUAUCGACGGAAUUAAUAAUCGAAAAGUUUAACUUCUGGUCGUUAAUUAUUAUUUUCUUUUCAUAUGUUUACUAAAUACAUAUUAGGAUUUUAUUUAAUUUUGCACAUAUCUAUUUCUUUUUUAUUUCAUACUGAUUUUAAUGACGAUCAUCUGUAUGCACUGUCUUAUUUUGAAUUGAUGCAAAGGUUUUGUGUCUUUCAUGAAAGCGUUUGUUUUAUAUUGUUUCCUAGUGACCUGAGCCUUACUAACAAACUUGAUUUUAAUUUUAAAAGACUAGAAUCAGAUUCAUUUUUAGUUCUUUAAAAAACAUAGUUUGUGACUACGAGAAGUUGAAACAAAAGUCAACAACUCGGAGAUAAGGGCCAGUGUGGUCCCAGCCUACUUAUCGAUAAAAAAGUCGAUGUACGGAUUCGAUAAAAUACUUACGACGGAAGCUGAUUUCCUUCCCACGUGAAUAAUUAAAUCACUGCCAAAAACAAAUCCGAAAAGUCAAUACUGCCAUUGUGUUGUGAAAUGACAAUCCCUUAUUCGAAUGAAUUUAAUGUUAAAUUAAAUGUUAGGAAAGCAUAUCUCGAGUUGAGAGAGGCUAGUCGUACUACGUAGAUAAAUUGACAUAUCAAAAUGAUGAUAGACUGGUUCUGUAUAAUGCGACUAAAUAUUUUGUUUCGGCGAGAUCAGUUGUCAGUUUUCUCUUUCACGAAUUACAUUCCUAAUUUUGUUACGAUUUUACAAAUCGUCGUCGCAAAAUAUUUGGACGCUUCCAUCGGAUCGUCCAAUUCGGCCGAGUCUAAGACGAUCUCUUCGGCAGUAUUAAUGUGAGGAAUGAUUGAAUGCAUAAUACGUAGUUAGUUUUCGAUAUGUUGAUGUCGCGCGCAUCACUAGUUUAUAUGUAUGUUAGGUUAAGAUAUGAAACCAGUUCGAUAAGUACAUUAUGUCGAUAUUUUUCAUUAUUUUUACAACACUAUUGCCAUCGAUAGCCAGUUAAAAAUAAGGAGACUAUUUAUUUUUAUUGUUUUUCACUGUAUUUUUAAACUUUGUAUUCAAUGAAAUCUACUUAUUUUAACAAAUUGUGGAAUUUUAUUACCGCGGUAGGGAUAAUAAACUAAUCUUCUAAGAUUUUAAGUACAAAAUCAACGCAAUAGAUUUGUUUUAUUUUGUAAAUAUGUGUAUACAUUAAAAUUAAUAUAAAAUCAUAGCUUUAGUAAUUAUUGUAGUUGAUAACUUACGUAACCUCGAUGGAAUUAAU